CAUCCAUAUUUUGUAUUAUUAAACUUGUAGGAAAAUUCUCCAUAUUAUUUUCCCAUAAAUUGAUGACCACCAAAACUCAGACCCAUCUCCAAAACCACCCAUCCUUAUUCCCCUCCAAGUGGAAAGGUAUCCAUAACCAAUCAUCAGGAUAGGGAAAAAAUAUUAGGAAAAAAACUUACAGAAAAGCAGGAAAAAAAAGGGAUAAAUCCAUCCAUCUAACUAGCUUCCCUAAUUAAUAGCAUCAUCUAUUGAUUUUUUCAAUCCAUGCCAAUCUCGUGCUUCUUUCUCUCAAUCUAUCAACAAAAUCUCUCUAUCUUCUUUAUUUCUUUACUUCUUUCUUUUCUCUAAAAGCAACCUAUACAGCUCACCUAUGGCUGCCUGUGGAAGCCUUCAACAUAUCUUUGAAAAACCAUUGCCUGAAACUCCUACACUUCUUGAAUCCCUCUCUUCAUGGAACCCGAUCAAGACCAUAAAACCCAUUGAGCAAUCUUCAUUCACUGAAAUAUUUGGGGAGCUUCAUUUCAAAGAAAAUUCCGAGUCGUCAUCAUCUUCACCUUCUUUUCCUAUACCAUCCUUCUAUUCUUCUUCCCCAUCUUCAUCUUUUAUUGGUUUAAUCCCGGAAGCAGAAACUUCAAACCUCAACAGGAAUGAUAGUUUUGACAGUGGAUGCCACACCAAGAAGAGUACAUCACUGGACUCGUUAUUAAGCACACCAAAGAAUUAUCAAUACGCAGGUUGUCACAGGAAUGGUGACAGCUUUUCGCCAAGGAACUAUGAGAGCUUGCAACUGUGCACUGAGGGACUCGGUUUUGAAAGCUUUGAUGACGUCGAGGACUUGAAGAAUGAUAUGAAUGAAAACAGGCAACACCAAGAAGAAAAAGCAGGAAUCACAAGGCAUUCGGUACUGGAGAGUCAAGCCGGAGAAAUCAGGCGGUCCAGGUUAAGGAUAGGUGCAUUCCCUCCACCGAUUUCGUGUAUAGGGAAGAGCGGAAAACCAUGGGUUUCCUUCAAAUCUUAUCGGCAUGAUGGGAGGUUCGUCCUUAAGCAAGUAAGGAUCCCCAGCCAAGAGUUCUUGCAUGCACACAGAGAAGAUGGGCGAUUAAAGCUGCACUUCGUUCAGCCAAACGAUGGUAUUCAUGAAGAAGAGGAGGGAGAAGAAGAGAACUUCACAGAAGAUGACGAGCAGGAAGAAAAUGAAGAAAUAGGCAACAAAGAAGUUCAAGAGCAACACAAUGCUCUCUGGUAGGAUUAACUUUUAACUUUUGCUUCACUGUUUCUCCUUCAACUGUUUUUCUUCUCCAUUCCUGCAACUGUUUCUCUUCUCCAUUUGCAAAUAUGUGGAGGAAAAAGAAGAAAAUAGUACAAGUGUCCAAGCGUAACUUCCUCUCCUGCAUUCCCCUUCCCUUCCUCUUUUCCUUGAAGUCGCUUACAAUGAUUUGUUUCUAUCACUGUAGUAAAAUUCCUAUUGCUGUUUAGCAGAGUGACAUGGAUCUAUACCGUACCACUCAAAAAAGGAAAAAGAACAAUGAUUACACGAUGAA